AUGGAGUCCGUCGAGGGCGACAACGGGGUCGUCGUCGGGCCUCCCCUUGACGGCGCUCUAGGCUAUAUUGUCAUUGUUUUUGACUGCAUCGCCAUCUACAACACGAUCGAGCUGACGUUUAUCAUCUGGGGUUACUUCAAGCGACACUUGGGGCUGUAUUUCUGGUCGUUCAUCGUCGCGACGUACGGCAUCCUCGUGUACGCGAUUGGUUUCAUCAUCAAGACCAAGUCGAGCCCGCACCAUCCGAGCCCCUACAUCUAUGUGACGUUUAUCGUCCUCGGCUGGAUGGCCAUGGUCACGGGCCAGUCCAUGGUCCUGUACUCGCGGCUGCAUCUCGUAUUGCGCGACCCCGACAAGCUGCGGUGGAUCCUGUAUAUGAUCAUCUUCAACGCCAUCACCAUGCACAUUCCCACCGGCACCAUGGCGUACGGCGCGAAUUCUAGCAAUCCCGCGCCGUUCGUCGGUGUCUACAGCGUAUAUGAGAAGAUCCAGGUGACGAUCUUCUUCCUCCAGGAGCUCAUCAUCUCGUCCUUUUACAUCGCCGAGACCAUCAAGAUGGCACGACUGCAGUCAGCGGUACAGCAGAACCGCGAGCGUUCGAGGCGGCUCAUGGGUUAUCUGAUCACGAUCAAUGUCAUCAUCAUCCUUCUCGACUGCACGAUCCUCGGGCUCGAGUACGCGCGCCGCUACGCGCUGCAGACGUCGUGGAAGGGCCUGGUGUACAGCGUCAAGCUGAAGAUGGAGUUCCCAAUACUGAACAGGCUCAAGGAGAUGACCACAGGAUACCGCGAGUCGAGCUCGAGUCCUAGUGGGGCCGAUGGGGUGCCUGACAGCGCAUGGAGAAGCCCGGACUGGUCCGAUGGCAGGGUACACCAGAAGCGCAGCAGAGGGAGCUCCCAGGCGGCCGCCAUCAUGACACCGCGGGAGCAUCUAUAUCAAGGUCGUCGCCACACCAUGUACGAGGCCUACGCGUCGAGCGGGAAUGACAGCCUGGAAGACGUGGAACGGCAGUCGCAGAACGAUACAAGUGCAGGGUCUGGCGUCGAGUUGCCGGCGGAAGUGAUGGUCGAGAUGCAAAACAGGUCGGAGAUGGAUGCUGCUCGUGGCGAGACGCCGAUACGCCCGAACACGUGUGAAGGAUCGUCAAGUACGCAGGUGGAGGGUGCGAAUACGUCGACAAUCGGUCGGGGUUAA